GCUCCGAGGAGGAGGAGGAGGAGGCGAGCGCUGGCCAUGGCCGGGGAGACCCAGCAGCAGAGCCUCCGCAAGAGCAUCGCGGCUCAGCAGCAUCCCCAGCAGAGCCAGCAGCAGCAGCAGCAACAGCAGCAGCAGCAUCCCCCCCAGAGGAGCCCGGCCCCUCUGGCCAUCCCUGGCCCCAAAGGGGUCGCCAAGGAGGAGGAGAGGGUCGCCCUCAAGAAGGAGAUCGGGCUGCUCAGCGCCUGCGCCAUCAUCGUCGGUAAUAUCAUUGGCUCCGGCAUCUUUAUUUCACCAAAAGGAGUACUAGAACACACUGGCUCUGUAGGCCUCGCACUCAUAAUUUGGGUGCUUGGAGGAGGCGUUGCAGCACUCGGGUCGUUGUGUUACGCUGAGUUAGGAGUUACCAUCCCUAAAUCAGGCGGAGAUUAUUCCUACGUCACUGAGGUUUUUGGUGAAUUAGCUGGGUUUUUACUGCUAUGGAGUGCAGUGCUUAUCAUGUACCCCACUAGCCUGGCUGUUAUUGCACUGACUUUUUCCAACUAUGUUCUACAGCCAGUGUUUCCUAAUUGUAUCCCACCCUACAAUGCCUCCAGAGUCCUCUCCAUGGUGUGUUUAUCACUCUUGACCUGGGUGAACAGCACCAGCGUCCGAUGGGCCACUCGCAUCCAGGAUGUAUUUACAGCCGGAAAACUCUUGGCCUUGGGCCUUAUCAUUAUUGUGGGCUUCAUACAGAUCUUCAAAGGAAACUAUGAAGAACUUCUGCCAAGCAAUGCCUUCAAUUUUUGGAUGACCCCCUCGGUGGGCCAUUUGGCAUUAGCCUUUCUCCAAGGCUCCUUUGCAUUCAGUGGGUGGAACUUCCUAAAUUAUGUAACAGAAGAAUUAGUUGAUCCUCGCAGGAAUCUACCUCGUGCCAUAUUCAUAUCCAUCCCAUUGGUGACGUUUGUGUACACGUUCACCAAUAUUGCAUACUUCACUGCCAUGUCACCUCAAGAGCUCUUGUCAUCUAAUGCUGUUGCAGUAACGUUUGGUGAAAAGUUACUAGGAUAUUUUUCCUGGGUUAUGCCUGUCUCUGUGGCUCUGUCAACAUUUGGAGGAAUAAAUGGAUACCUUUUUACCUCAUCAAGGUUGUGUUUUUCCGGUGCCCGAGAAGGCCAUUUACCCAGUUUGUUGGCUAUGAUUCAUGUCAGACGCUGCACCCCUAUUCCUGCCCUCCUUGUCUGCUGUCUGGCUACUGUUGUCAUUAUGCUGGUUGGAGACACCUAUACGUUAAUUAAUUAUGUGUCCUUCAUUAACUACCUCUGCUAUGGAGUGACCAUCAUAGGCUUGAUUGUACUGCGAUGGAAGAAACCCAAGAUCUUCCGACCUAUCAAGGUAAAUCUCCUGGUCCCAAUCACUUACCUGAUAUUUUGGGCCUUUCUCUUGAUCUUCAGUUUAUAUUCUGAGCCAGUAGUCUGUGGAAUCGGACUGAUUAUCAUAUUAACUGGAGUGCCAGUGUUUUUUCUUGUUGUAUACUGGAAGAAUAAACCAAAGUGUGUAAACAGGAUAGCAGAAUCCUUCACGCAUUUGGGCCAGAAGGUGUGUUUUGUUGUCUACCCUCAGGGGGGAUCUCUAGAAGAAGACGAUCUACCUUUCACUCAUUCGCCCCUUCCAGGAUGUGAAAAGACAUUGAAGAAAUAACAAUAUACU